AUGAGCAUCAUGAACAGCUUCGUCAACGAUAUUUUCGAACGUAUCGCUGCGGAAGCUUCCAGAUUGGCACAUUACAACAAACGUGCCACGAUAACUAGCAGAGAAAUUCAGACAGCCGUACGACUAUUGCUACCGGGAGAAUUGGCCAAGCACGCAGUCAGCGAAGGUACCAAAGCCGUCACCAAGUACACCAGUUCAAAUAAUAUAGACGUUGUAUUCGCUUCGACGGUUAUACGGUUCGAAAAUAAGAACAAAAAAAAAAACGGUUCUUUUCAGAACCACUAUGUUAUGAUAAAAUGCAAAAUGAUAAUUAGCUGUGGUCGUUAUUUUAAUCUUUUCAUCUAUCUCUCUCUCUCUCUCUCGCUCUCUCUCUCUCUCUCUCUCUCUCUAUAUAUAUAUAUAUAUAUAUAUAUAUAUAUAUAUAUAUAUAUAUAUAUAUAUAUAUAUAUAUAUAGUAUAGAAGUCCGUAAUAUCUGGAAGAUGUCACCUGUAUCACUGCACUGGGAAACAGUACCGUGA